GAGCAUGGAGGGACUUGGCACAUGGAAGCAGCUCAACUGGAUACGCAAAGGAAGAAGGGAGAAGCCAUCUUGAAGACCAGCUCGACCGUCCUACUCGACCAACCGGUCGAGUUCCUCAACUCGACCGGCCAAGCUUCAACUCGAUCGAGCUGAGAAGUCAACAGUCAAACCCGAAAAAUGUUGCUUCCCCCUUGACUUUCCUUUGA